UUCUGCAACUAUGGAAGGAGGUUCUGCAGCCAUCGAAGUUGUUGUUCAAAACCUGAUCAACGUUUUGAGGGAUGAGUACUCUUUGAUUCGAGGUCUCGAUGGAGCUGCCCGGCAGCUGAAGAAGACUUUGGACAUGAUCCAAGCCUACUUGAAUGAUGCUGAGAAGAAAAACAUCACUGAAAGUUCUGUCAAAUUAUGGUUGAGGGAGCUUGAAGUCGUGGCUUUCGAUGCUGAUAAUGUCUUGGACGAACUCAGCUAUCAACUUCUCCAAAAACAAGUGGAGAAAAUGAAGACACCCAAUCCCAAUCCCAAUCCCAGUCCCAGUCCCAAGUCCGGACUCAGCUAUCAACUUUCGAUGCUGCUAUCAUGCUUCUCAUCGUGCAAAAGCAUUUCGCGUCAGCAUGAUAUGGCUCACACUAUCAAAAAUAUCAAUGCGGAGUUUGAUUCUAUGAACAAAAGGGCAACAGAUCUUGGCCUUCAAAGCAAAAUUCAGUCUGCCUCUGAUGUUGUCGUUCCUACUUCCACAAAGGACUAAUUCGAUCAUGAAAGAUCCAAUCUUUGUCGGAAGAGAAGAUGAUGUGUCUAAAGUAGUUGACAUGCUGACCCAUAUCCCCCAAGAUCGGACCAUCUCGAUCGUUGCUCUUGUCGGAAUGGGGGGUAUGGGGAAGACCACGUUGACUCGAAAUGUCUUCAAUCAUCUCAAAAGGCUAAAGACAUUCGAAUCAUAUAUUUGGGUUCAUGUUUCUCAAAAUUUCGAUCCAAUCAGUCUUUACAACACAAUCCAUUCAAUAUUGACUUCAACUACCAGUGAUAGAGGCGAGCGAGUUGAGCAAGAGGAAGUUAUCCCAAACAAGAAAGUUAUCCUGAACGAGGAAGUUAUCCUGAAAAAGCUUCAAGAAGCCCUCAAGGCUAAAACUUAUCUUCUUGUUCUUGACGAUGUUUGGAAUGAAGAUGUUUUGAAAUGGGAAGACUUUAUAAAAAGCAUUGAGGGAGUUUCUUCUAAAGAGGGAAAUGGCAUUAUCAUCACUACCAGGAGUCAUAAUGUUGCUUCAAUUGUUAAUCCACUUCAUACUCAUCCAGUGAAGGGCUUAUCACAUGAAGAGUGCUGGUCCAUAAUCAAAAGAAAAAAUUUUGAUGGGAAUGCAGAAGUUCCAUCCGGAUUUGAGAAGAUUGGGAAAGAGAUUGCGAAAAGAUGUCAGGGUUUGCCCUUGGCUGCCAAUGUGGCCGGAGAUGUGCUUCGUCGCCGUAAAUCCAUGCAAGAUUGGAGCUCCAUUAAAGAAACAUGGCUUUCAGAUGGUAAAGAAGGCAAAAGUAUCUCAACAAUAUUGAAACUGAGCUAUGAUCACCUACCUUCGUCUUCACUAAAGAAGUGCUUUGCGUACUAUUCGAUUUUCCCCAAAGGUCAGAGAAUCAUGAAGGAGGAGCUGAUUGAACUUUGGAUAGGAGAAGGCUUUCUUCAACCUGGACAGACGGAUGAUGGACAGACGAAUGAUAUGGAGUCUGUGGGCAACACGUUUCUCAAUGUGCUUCUAGAGAACUCUUUGUUGCAAGCUACAGAGCCAUAUAUUGUGAUGCACGAUCUGGUACAUGAUCUUGCAUCUUCUGUUUUGCAUACUAAUACAAGUGGCAGCACUGUAGUUCGAUAUAUGUUUCACGAAAACGAAUCAAGUCGUAUUUCGGAAGAAGUGUCGAGGAAUUUGCGUACAUUAAUCUUGGUAGGUGGAAAUUCUGGUAUCAUAUUCUCUGGCUUCAAAUCUCUGCAUAAUCUAACUCUUUCUGGUGAAAAUUAUAAAGAGUUACCCAGUUCAAUAAAGGAAUUGAUACAUUUGAGAAAUCUCAAUAUUUCCAUGACAUCAAUUGGAAACAUCCCGGAGUGGAUUGGUGAACUCCACCAUUUGCAGACAUUAAGAGCAGAACAAUAUAUUUCUGAAAAACUGCCAAAUACGCUGAAGUACUUGAUUAAUUUAAGACAUCUUUAUCUAAGGAGGGAAACAGGGUUGCCCGCAGAAAUUAGGAGAUUAACUAAUCUUCAAACACUUCUGUACUUUACAGUGGGCGAAGAGAAGGGAUACCAAAUUGAAGAGCUCGGAAGUUUGAAAAAUCUCAAAGGAACACUAGAGAUUGAGCAUCUUGAUAGGGUGCGUGACAAAGAAGAGGCUAUGAAAGCAAAUUUGUCUGAGAAAUCAAACUUGUCUGAACUGGUGUUUAGUUGGGCUGAAGAACCAGGGACUUAUUGGGAUGAAGAGAGAAGAAACCUUAUGAGAAGUGACAGUGGAAUAAAUGAUGAGAGUGUAUUGGAAGGACUCCAACCUCAUGCAAAUCUGAAGGUGUUGAAGAUUGAAAGAUUUAAAGGCAAAAAAUCUCCAAGAUGGUUGGGAGUAUGGGAUGGUCUUCAGGGUUCUUUGGUACCGUUUGAGUACUUGACUAAGUUAACAUUUGAGGAUUGCUCAGAAUGUGAGGAAAUCUCAACGCUUGAGUCCUUGCCUAGUCUGAAAUAUCUUUAUUUGUCUGGAUUGAUAAAGCUGAAAAAACUGCCAAAGCAGUUAUUCUAUAAGAAUCGGGAUCUCUCAAAAUUAGAGAUUCGGUAUUGCCCUAAAUUGAGAGGUUUACCAGAUGGCUUGGACACCCUCAUUUUUCUGGAGGAGUUGAUUAUAUGGAACUGUGGUAACCUAAUAUCAAUUGGGAAUCCGAGUGGCGGAGUAAGACAACACCAAGGAAUCCUGCGUAAGCUGGAUUUUGAAGAAUGCAGGUGGCUGAAGGAAUUUCCAUGUCAAAUUCUGGAGUCGUUCGCUCCCACAAUCGAGAUACUCAAAUUCGAAGGAUUAAGGGACCUACAGAAUCUACCAAUGCUAAUUGACUGUCUGGCUAAAUCAGCUCCUCGCCUCGAAGUAUUGAAAAUCAGACGUGUUUCUAAACUCAUGGCUGCUAGUGCUAGUGGUGGUACUAUUGAGAGUUGGAGUUUUGGCAGCUUGAAGGAAUUAAAUAUAGAUGUGAAUUUGGUCUGGCGUUGGGAUAGUGAUUAUGCUGAUGCCAUCAGAGAGACGGUGGAUGGCAUAUUGCAAGGAUGUCGCAAUUCACUUACUCGCUUCACUUUCAAGGGGAUUGAUGAUUGGGAGUGGCUGCCUCAAUCAAUUCAACAUCUCACUACAAUUGAUUACUUAAGGUUGGAAGAUGUCGGAGUAAAAGAAUUGCCCCAGUGGCUGGGGAACCUCUCAUCUCUAACGUCCUUGCACAUAGAACGUUGCAAGAAGUUGAGGUAUCUGCCCCCUGUGGCUGCGGGCUUCACUAACUUAAAACGGUUACAAAUUUACUAUUGCCCGAAACUAAAAGCUGAUUCGGAGUGGCGCAACCAUCCCAACCUGAAAAUCACGUGUCGUCGUCUGAACAAGUAUGGACUAUUUAAUACCUACACCCUCCGUCCCACUUAAGAUGACACGUUUUCCUUUUUAUAUUGUGGUGAGAAUGGCGCAACCUUCCCAAUCUGAAAAUCUGGUGUCAUCGUCGUCUGUAAAAUUUGGGUAAGCCAGAAACAUGCAAAGAGCCAAGUGCACAGGAGGAGAAGCCAAAGGAGAAGAGCUUGGCGGCGACGGCGAGGCACACUAAGUCCGGUCCGGCUGUCAGGAAGCCAGACUUAUAUAUUUAUUAUGAUUUAUUUUAUAUUUUUUGCAUCUUUUUGGAAAGACAAUUUUAAUGUUUGUUAUUUUUUAUUUCUUUUUAAAACGUUAUUGUGUCGGGCGAAAUACAAGCCCCGUUCGGGUUUUCUUUGUUGGUUCUUUUCCGGAUGUUAGAUUAGAAGGUCGAACCAACCCUAGGGUCCUUAGUCUAAUAAAUAGGGUAAAUAUCAUUAUCAUUGGCAUAUAUGAAUAUUUUUACCCUAAUCUCUAUCUUUGGUUGUGUUAUGCCGAUGGAGAGCCUUCGCGUGUAAGUUGGAGAUUACACCGACGAGCCGUGUUGGCCGCUGGAUUUGUGGGUGGAGUUGAUGGAGUUGCUCCAGAGUUUGUAGUUAGGGACUUAUCCCUAACUACUGGGAAUAUGAUGUAAAUUAAUCAGGUAUUCAUGUAAAUCAAAUCAUCCAUCUUUAGUACUCCAUGUUUAUUUGUAGCAGAUUCAUAGUGUUUAAAUAAGGAAAAGAGGCGGUUUUUGGCA